AUGCCUGAGCCUGGUGACACCUUAUUUUUGUACCUGGCCGUAUCUCAAAACACGGUCAGCGGGGUCUUGGUGAAAGAAGUUAACAAAGUCCAACAACCUAUCUACUAUGUAAGCAAGGUCCUACUGGAUGCGGAAACAAGGUAUACUUUGGCGGAACAACUUGCCCUUGCCUUGGUUAUAGCAGCACAAAAACUCCGGCAGUAUUUUCAGUCUCACCCUAUUGUGGUGCUCACUAAUCAACCACUUAGGCAUAUACUUCAGAAGCCGGACGUAUCGGAAAGACUGAUGAAAUGGGCAAUCGAGCUUGGAGAAUUUGACAUAGAAUUCAAACCACGCCCAUCUAUCAAAGCCCAAGCACUAGCCGACUUCAUUGCAGAACUAACCCCUAGGCCUCGGGGGCCAGAUGACAGCUCGAGCAUGAGCAAUAAUUUGGACACUUGGCAAAUAUUUGUGGAUGGAGCAUCGAACUCCUCGGGCUCGGGCGCAGGGGUCAUCAUCAUCAGCCCUGACAAACAAACAGAGAUCCAAUGCGUUCUCAGGUUCGAGUUUGAAGCAACCAACAAUGAGGCCGAGUAUGAGGCUGUCGUUAUUGCUAUGGAGCUAGCCCUUUGCCUUGAGCUCGAGUUCGUAAAGAUAUUCAGUGAUUCACAACUGGUGGUCGGACAGAUUGAAGGAUCAUUUGAAAGGAAAGACGAGAAAAUGAGUUUGUACUGUAUGAAGGUUCAGGAUCUUCAACGAAAAUUCAAGAGUUGUGAAAUUGCAAAAAUUGCUCUAAAGGACAACGGAAAAGCCGACGUAUUAUCCAGGCUUGUGUUCAUGGGGGUAGACGGCCUUGAUAGAACAGUUCACAUUAAAAUCAUCACAGAACCCAGCAUCAGUCAAAUCCUCGACAUCAUGGACAUUGACAACGAACCAUCCUGGAUGGACCCAAUCAUAGAAUUCAUCACAAGUGGAAAUCUACCAAGAAAUGCCAGGUUGGCUAGAAGCAUCAGAGCUCGAGCUCCUAGGUACUGCAUGAUCAGCGGUGUUCUCUUUCGUAGAAGUAUUACUCUUCCAUACCUAAGGUGCCUCAGACCAUCAGAGUCAUCCCAGACCCUUGCUAAAGUUCAUGAAGGUGUGUGCGGGAAUCAUCAAGGAGCCAGGGCCUUGGCCUUUAAACUCGUACGAUAUGGCCGAAGACCUCACCAACAUUAA